AUGUAUUACGGCAACAUGUUGAUGUUAGGGGUGAGCGACGCAGUCAUAUGCAGAGCUUUCUUCGCCACCUUGGCUGGAAAAGCGGCCGAGUGGUUUAGAAAGUUGGAGCCACGGUCGGUUGGAAAUUUCAGCCAGCUAGCUGACAAAUUUGUGAGACGAUUUGCAGUCAGCAGAUUGAAAAAGAAGCCCUACACCUAUCUUAAUCCAGUCAAGCAGGACGUGGGAGAAGCCCUGUCCAUUUUCUUACAAAGGUGGGAUCGUGAGGUCGAACAGGUAGAGCCCAUGGAAGAUCAGGCGACGAUCCACGCUUUCCUCACGCCAUUUCGCUCCGGGGGACUCUACUACGACCUCAUCUUCAAUCCCCCCAAGACCUACGAGGAAGCAAUCACCCGGGCCAGACACCAUGCUGAUGUCACAGAGGCUAACUUGGCCAAGAGACGGGACGAGCAGCCGUGCAACCUGGUCCACCCGCCAGAACCAAUACCUGAAGGAACAGACAAGAACAAGUAUUGUGCUUUCCACAAGACCAAAGGCCAUGACACGGCGGAGUGCAUAGCCCUACGCCUGGUGAUUGAACAACUCAUUCAGAAUGGAGAGUUGGAUCAGUUCGUGAAAAAGAACGAACAAGACAAGGAGAAGUUCAAGAAGAACGUGUGGAAAAGGAACCCCAGGGAGCAAUCCAAGGCACCCGGUCCGCGCGGGUCAUCUGAUGAUAAGGCGAUCGGAAAGAAACCUAUGAUCAACGUCAUCUAUGGAGGCCCGGAAGGCGGAGACUCUUCACGUCAAAGAAAGCAAUAG